CAAAACCUUAUCCUCUCAAGCACCAUACAUUUCCUCCACACUCCAAAAAUACUUCCCCCUACUCCUCAGUCAAAAAACAUGGCAACUCUUCCUUUCACUACAUCUCCUCCCUUCACCCUCGCCCCACCCAAAAAGCAAAGCAACCUCCCUGCUGCUGCCACAAAGCUAAAUAUCCCACGGUCACGGCCGAGCUUGAACUGCCGCUUAUCGGGCAUUGUCCGGUCAUACAAAGUGCUAAUUGAACACCAAGGUAAAACCACUGAGCUAGAGGUUGAGCCUGAUGAGACAAUUCUGUCCAAGGCAUUGGACACUGGCUUGUCUGUGCCACAUGAUUGCAAGCUUGGGGUGUGCAUGACUUGCCCGGCUCGCCUUCUUAAUGGAACAGUUGAUCAGAGUGAAGGUAUGCUUAGUGAUGAUGUUGUGGAGCGUGGCUAUACCUUACUAUGUGUAUCGUACCCUCAAUCGGAUUGUCACAUUCGGACUAUCCCGGAGGAUGAGCUUCUUUCGCUGCAAUUAGCCACUGCCAAUGACUAAAUUCAAUGUAAAACAGUAAUGCUUGAAUAUCAGUUUCGAUUUUGCAUUUCUGAUAGAAAACAGUAAUGUCUAGGAAUUUUUCUGAGUGUCAAAGAGUACUAUGUUGCUUAUUUCUGCUGUUUCUGUUAUUCUCUGCUACAUUCAUUACCAUGCUUUCAGAGAAAAUGUCGAGGCAUAACAAUUGGAUGGACUUUUUUUUUGCUUUUUGGGCUAAGCAGUGGACAUUUGCUCCCGAGUGCUUGGUCUAUUCCUCUCGUCAAAGAGCAAAUUCUACAAAUGCU